AUGUCUUUACCAACGACCACCGCCCGUUACACGAUUGAUUUCGACAAGCAACUCGAUGGACUCACGCUCGAGGCUUCAGCGCCUUUGCCAAAGCUCGGACCAGAUGACUGCCUCGUGCAGAUUCAGGCAGUCUCGCUCAACUAUCGCGACAUAGCCAUGCCGCUGGGCCUCUAUCCCGGAGCAAAGAAGAACAAUAUUGUACCGACUUCUGACAGUGCCGCCGUAGUCCUCGCUGUUGGGGCGCAGGUAUCGGAGUUCAAACCGGGCGACAAGGUUUGUAAUACGUUCUUCCUGGAUUUCGAGGACGGCUAUAUAUCUCCCGAAGCACGGCAAACGAGCCUCGGAGGCUUGAAGGACGGCCCACUGGCAAAGUAUGCCGUGUUUCCGUCCAAAUCGCUCGUGUUUGCGCCAGCGUCACUCACUCCCAUGCAGAGCUCGACGCUUCCGUGCGCGGCUCUGACGGCCUGGAAUGCGCUGUUCGGCGUUCAAGGUCGGAGUCUCCAGGCUGACGAUUGGAUCCUUGCAGAAGGCACCGGCGGCGUCAGCAUUUUCGCAAUCCAGUUUGCUCUCGCAGUAGGAGCCAAUGUCAUCGCCACAACCUCUUCGGACUCCAAGGCGGCGAAAUUGAAAGCCAUAGGAGUUAAGCACAUCAUCAAUUACCGCACCGAUCCUUCUUGGGGCGAGACUGCGAAGAAGUUGACGCCAAAGGCGCGCGGCGUGCAACACGUCAUCGAAGUCGGCGGCGAGGCGACCAUGGGUGAAGCUUUCAAGGCCAUUGCAUGCGAAGGCGUCAUAUCGAUCAUUGGUUUCCUCGGCUCCGGCAAAAAGAGUAAUGGCUUCUGGGACGCAUUCGUUCGAGCGUGUAUCAUCCGAGGCAUCAACGUGGGCUCACGCGCGCAAUUCAAAGAUAUGAACCGCUUUAUCGAGGAAAAGAAGGUUGUUCCAGUGGUGGACGAGCGUGUGUUUGACUUUGAGUCUGCAAGAGGCGCUUUUGACUACUUGAAAGCGCAGCAGUUCUUUGGCAAAGUGGUGAUCAAAGUGUCUGAUGGAUGA